UCAUUAUUUAUAAUUGUUAAUUAUUGCUAAUUAAUUAUUUUGCUAAUUAAUGAAUAACUCUGAAUAGCUAAUGAGUUUGGUGACCACUUGAAUCGCGGUCUCGAAGUUUUAAGAAAUCCAAAAUGGCGUCUGACAGUUCUGAAGAUGAAUUGGAUAACUGGGUAUUUUAUCGCGAUCGAGAGGAAUGGAGGGAUGUAACACCCAUUGAACAAGACGAUGGGCCUUUUCCUGUUGUUGCCAUUGCUUAUACCGACAAAUGUAAGUUCGUGUUUGCUUGAUAACGUAGGAAGUUUAUAGUAAAAUUAUGUGUUGCCCAGUUUCCGGACAGUUCCAGUCAUCUGGACAAAAUUUUUAUCACUGCAACAACAUUUCAGACGAAAAGUUCUGGUGGUUUUCAGAUGUCUCAUGAAUUAUUUUAUGUAUAACCAAAACCUAAAAGUUGAUUUCAUUUCGUUUUAAUAGUCAAAGAUGUGUAUGAUUAUUUUCGUGCAAUAUUGAAAUUAGAGGAGAAAAGUGAAAGAGCUUUGGAAUUAACUGGUGAUGCAGUACACCUGAAUCCUGCAAACUAUACUGUUUGGUAAGAAAAUUUUUGACUGUGAGUUGCAUAGCUGUAGGAAGAUAGGGGGGGGGGCAGUAUGGAAUGUGAGUGCUCUGCACCAGACAUGUCUGGCACACAGCCAGUAGUACAGCAAUAUAUUUAUUAGUAUUUGGCGCACAAAAAGUCUCAUUUCAUACAGGGGGGGGGGUAAAAAAAUCUGAGGGGAUGAUUGAUCACAUCAGUUUUUACAAUGAAAAGAGAAAUAGCCCAAGUCUAACGAUUCACAUCUUACAUGCUUUCAUUUAUAGAAGGAUAUAAUGUAUUAUUGAUUGUGCAAUUACCAAAUGCAUGUCAUCCAAUUACCCAACCCUUGAGUAAAAAUUGACCCCACUAGCUGUCUUUCCCAUUUCCCCUUUCAUACAUCUAUGGGUGUGCCCACUUUUGAUGCACUAGUGAGACGCAUUGCACAUCCAUUAAAUCAUCAGCUUCUGGAAGCCUUGCUAAUAAGCCAUCAUUUAACUAUAGUACUUAUUUGUGUGUGAGCUACCAAGAUGUGCGGGGCCUGAUGCAAAACAUUCCCGGGGGCCCUAUGAUGUCAUAAUUGUAAAACAGGAGAAGCUGUGCUGUGCAAUAUAUUGUGCUUUAUUGCAUAUUAUCCAGCACUGGUACAGCUAGGAUUUAUAUUCUUGUUUGAGCAUUCUUGUAUCAAGAAAGUUUAAGGGACUUUGUUGUUGGCAGUCAGGGGCGUAACUUGGGGGUAUUACAGCUGGGGGUAUGAGCUGUUUUGCCCAACCAAAAGGGUGUGGCAGAAGUCGUGCCUGACGGAAAUUUCAGGAGGGGAGACAAUUUUCGGACAUACCAUAACCGAAAUGUGUACAAUUUUUCAGUAAUAUUUUCGUAAGUUUAUCAAAAUUUUCUUGCAAUUAUCAAAUUAUGUAAAAUUUUGGGUGAAUUACAUAUCCUCCCUCCCCCCCCAGGAGUUACGCCCCUGUUGGCAGUACUUGGCACUUAGCAGUGAGAGUAUACCAUUUAGAGAGGAAAUAUUAUUGAAAUGUAUACAUAAGUGAAGAAAUAAUGAAAUAUGUAAUUUCCACAACCAUGUCAUAUUUUCUAGGUAUUAUAGAAGGUUGUUGUUGCAAACUCUUAGCAAAGAUCUGAAAGAAGAACUGGACUUUAUAUCAACUGUUAUUAAUCAACACCCAAAAAAUUAUCAAGUUUGGUAAGAGAAGUAAAAAAGAUCUUAAAAUAAUGUAAAAUGUAGUACUUGGACUUUAUAUUUCAUGCAAUGGGUGUAUAUAAAGUAAUACUUAACUAUUGCAGGUAUCACAGAAAGGUUGUUGUUGGUUGGUUAAAAGAUCCAUCACUUGAAUUAGAUUUCUCGGCGUCAAUCCUAGACCUUGAUGCUAAGAACUACCACACAUGGCAACACAGACAGUGGGUCAUUAAAGAAUUUAAACUAUUUGAUGAUGAGCUGGAAUAUGUGAACAAACUGCUAGCUGAUGACAUUAGAAAUAACUCUGCUUGGAAUCAGAGAUAUUUUGUCAUCACACAUACAACUGGCUACACUGAUGAGGUCUUGAAAAGAGAAAUUAAGUGAGUUAAGGCUUAAGCACAGAUUAAUUACUCUGAUGUUUGUAUAAUGCCAGAAAAUAAUACACUUAAGGGGGCCAUUUCCUCAAAAAACUGGAGGCCCAGUGGAAAAAAUUACCUGGUAUCUCAAUGAGUCCCCCAGUAUAAAAAUAGAAGUUGACCAGGUUAAUGUGUGAUUCCAGCUAUAUAGACUAAAUUUUGAUCAAGGCAAGAACGAAAUCCAUUACCAUGGCUGCAAACAGCAUCUUAGAAUGGGUAAAACUGCAAAGAUUGGUUGCUAAAUGUUGUAAAAUGAAGAAAAUAUAGCCCUGUGAAGUUUACAAAUUUUGUAUAUAUUUGUAUUACGCGCGGUAAAAAUAACCACUUUCAGCUAAAAAAUGGUUAUUUUUCCCGCGCAUAAUGCAAAUAUAUACAAAAUUUGCGAACUUCACAGGGCUUUAUGUUCCUCAUAUUUUACAACAUUUCACAACCAAACUUUGCAAACGUUGCUAAUUUUAACACGCUCUUUCUAGGCUGUGGUGAUGGAUUUUGUUCGUCUUGCCUAGAUCAAAAUUUAGUCUACAGGGUGUAUCAAAAAAAGCGCAAUCCUCGACUGAAAUGUAAAUUGCUAAACAAAGAAUAGACGAAAACGUUAAGGUUUACAUUCAUUUUAAAGCGUAGCCAUUCAGCUUUCUAACAGUGGGUUGUUUCUUAAAUUUGACUCAUUGGUUCGCGGCUAAUAAUACUUUACGUUAUUGCGAUUGGAGAUUAAAAAAUUGGAGAUUUUUUCAUUAAAACAAAAAAAUGAUGCAUUUUAUUAAAUGGAUUGUAACAAGUAUAAUUACGGCUUUUCUUCCACUAUUUUUAACUCAGUUUUAAACUUCAAAUGCGAUAUAAUUUUGGCUUGGACCAUCUAAGCUGACUGACAUCAACUUGCUAUAAUUUCUGUUUACAUUACAUCGCAAUUCGAUGACACUCUGGCUCAGACACCAGAAUGUUUUGACGAUUUUUAGCAUUCGUUUAGAAUUUUCAAACAACCUGGUCUCUUUUAAAAUACUUUUAAUUUGUUCUUACGUGGUUUUCCAGAUGUAGUGACGAAAACAUUAAAGUUUAAAGAAGAAAAUUCUAACAUUUAAACCGACUAAACAAUAACAUAGUAAACUUGCAUAAUUAAACAGCAACUAAAAAUGAUAGGUUUACUAAAUCUUUUCCUGUGCAAUUAUUACUAGCAUUGGAGACAAGGAUAAUAGUUUGUUUGAAAGAGAAAAGAACAGGCUUUGAAGUAAGCCUAAAAGCGUUUAACUAGAAAUAGUAUUUCGAAAGUUAUUAAGCACAAAAGAUGAAUUGCGUUUAUUUUGAUACACCCUGCAUGUAUAGCUGGAAUCAUUCAUUAAGAAUUCUGUAAAUCGCAGUAAGAUCAGAUAACAUAUCAAGGAAAUAACAUGCCAUUAACUUGAUUUUUGUAUCCUUUACAUAUUUUUAUCUUUGCUAUUUUAGUUAUCUUAUUGCAGUGAUCAGGGAUGUUCCUAAUAAUGAAAGUGCUUGGAAUUAUCUUACAGGGUUUGUGUAGAAUAGUGUUUAUGUUUUAAAGAAUUCUUUUUGAAGUGUCGCAGCUAUUUUCAUGCCUGCAAAUUUUGCUUGAAAAUAUUUUUAAAUUAUUUACCCAGGCCUAGAAAAUAUAUUUCUCUUCCUGGCAGCGAAAUCAAAAAAGAAAAGAAAAACUUCCUGCACAUGUAGACUUCAGAGAAUGUAUGCGGGUGAUGAACUUCAAUUUCGGCACAAGACAAUCUCGACUUGCAAAACGCUUUUGUAAACAAUACAAGGGGCCGAUUACAUGGAGAACUUUCAACCCCGGGGUUGAACUCAGCUCUGUUUACCGGGUUGAAAUUUUUUGCGAUUACAUGGACGAUUUCAACCCCGGGGUUGAAACGCUAUACUAUACGUUCUCGGCAUCGAUUCCCGGAAGGAAAAAAGCCUUUAUUUUGUUUUCUUGUAAUAAAUAAUCACUACCACGUAUGCUCGAAUAACGCAUGAUAAUUUCAGCCCUGGGUUGAAACGAUUACAUGACAAAAUUUUCAACCCACGGCUGAGUUCAACCCUGGGGUUGAAAUUUCAACCCCGCUCGCUGAAGCAGGGUUGAAAUUUCAACCCCGGGGUUGAACUCAACCCUGGGUUGAAAAUUUUGUCAUGUAAUCGCGUGUUUGAUUUUGAUUUUGAUAGAGUUUUGUAUUACAGACAGGGCUGAAAUUUCAACCCGGUAAACAGGGCUGAGUUCAACCCCGGGGUUGAAAAUGCUCCAUGUAAUCGGCCCCUAAGUAAAUUAUAUGACAUUCCAGUAUAUAAGAUGACAAAAAUUUCCUGCAAGAUGUAACAAGAUUUCCUGUCAAGAUAUUUUGUUAAAAAUUUCCUGGAAGCGGUGCUGCUGGCGUUGCUGGACAUUUUCCAACACUGUAUUUAUCAUUAAUGGUGUUUAAUAGUUUUCCCUGUGAUGGUAUUUAGUGAAAAGCCACUUACGCCUGGUUUACUUCUAUAUAGAAUCCUAGAUAAAGGCAAAGCAAGUAGUGAGACGGAGCUACGUGAGACUGUAUUGAGAUGGUUGGAGGAUGGCAUGGAUUCACCUUACUUAUUGAGUUUUAUUAUUGAUAUUUAUGAAGAGGAUCUUGAGAAAGGAACAGCACCAAUUGGGACACUUACGAAAGCUCAAGAGGUAAAUGGAGAUUGACGUCUGGCUUGUGUAGACGUGUUUAAAGGCUGGUUUACACUAUCAAAGUUUCAAUGAUCACGGUAGGAAUUCUAAGUUUUGAAGGAUUUGUAAAAAUGUUUCAGGGAACUGACUCAAUGGUCACAGAACACAGAAAUGUUGAUAGUGUAAACUAGUUAUACAGCACAACCAUAGACUAAGACUGAAAUUAAGGGAUGCUGUAAAAUGCGCAUCAUGAUAAAAGGAAUUGAUGUGGUUGAUGAAUUGACAAAAAGAUAAAAAAAAAAAUAAACUUCGACGUACGUUUCGAUCUUAAGGUCCUUCCAUGUUGAGGCCCUUCAUCUAGAGCUGGUAAGGAACGACGUUGAUUGGUUAGCAACCGCCUAAGGAAGGGUCUUUGCUCGAGACAUCUACAUUUCAGUUUAAUCUUCUUCAGAUAGUUCAGUCGACACAAACCAGUAGCUUAGACACAAACCGGCACUUCAUCGUAACAUGUGUGAUAAUCUGACUGCAAUAUGCCAUGGAAUCCAUGGAUCAUUGGUUGAGAGUUUAUCUCCUCUGCAGAGGCUCUCUGCGCUUUUGAGUGUAGAGAUGAAAAGGACCAUCUAACGUCUUUUAGCGUCUUUCCAGAAAGCUUCUUCGGAGAAGAGAGUGUUGAGAGCCGUGAUCUAUUAAAGCAUAUAAUACAACGUCAUAGGUCUCACUGCUUGUGUAUCAACAAACAACGGCAAAAUGUUAUCUACCUGCACUGGACUCCUACGUUUGAGAAUCAGGUGUACUUACAGCAAAAUGCAAGCAGACAAAAACAAACAACCAACCUAACAAACCAACCAAAUGAAGGCCUCUAUUGGUUUCUAUGAGGAGGCCUCUAGCCUUCUAUAAUAUCAGAAAAGAAGAAACAGUUAUAAUUAAAUGUGCUUAUAUAUGAGCGAAUUAAAUGGUGGUCACAUUUCAGAAGAAAUCAACUGAAAUAAUUUAAUUUUUAAACUUUGUUCUCUUAUAGUUAUGUAAAACGCUGGCGACGGAUAUUGAUUGCAUCAGAAAAGAAUAUUGGAACUACGUGAGCCGACGUCUUGGUGUAGAAUAUGGAAAGAAAUCAGAAUAAUGCAUGCCUUGCUCUUCCAAUCCUGUGCCUUCUGAUGAGUUUCUUGUGAACGGAGCAAAUAAGAAUUAAAGAAUGCUGCAAUGUCUUUUAAGUCAAUGACGAUGUACUUACAUGACAAAUUCUGACGCCCAGGCUCACUGGUAUUUGAAGAGAAAACAAGCAUAAGCUCGCGGCCAAAAGAAUUGAUAUAAAAUAUUUCCAGAAUACUGUUAAUGAAGCGUGAAUCUAUAUAGUGAGAGUUAAAAUAUUUUUUGCUUUGUAAAUCUACCAUUACCGAAGUAUACCAUUAUACAUGCAUAUAGACUGAGUAGAAUCCAAAAGAAAUAACUAGAAUUUGGGGUGAUAUACGUGUAUAUUGUUAAGAGUUUCGGUAAUUCUACGUCAACAUGAUGAAGUCUAUCGCCGAUAUUGAUUUCGUUCAUGAUCAAAGUCAUCAAACAUGUUGUAUUUUAGUCAAGAUACUGAAUAAACAUAUAUAGUCAUAGUAGAUCCACUUCAUUAUGAUUUCACCUGUAAACUCAAUUUAUUUUAUUUUACCUGGAACGAUAACACUCAGUAAAAGAAAGUGAAGUCUCGCGGGAGCAGGGGUAAAUAGACUGAGUUCACUGGAUUUCACUGAUUAGUUGAAAGUAGUGCGAUUUUCUAACUCUAUUUUGAGUUUUGGAUAAACUCCCCAAAACUGCUGACUUUGCAUAAUUUAUGCUGCACUAGUGCACUAUCGUACCAUUUUACUUCGGAGUAAAUGUCUCAUAUUUACUUUUUGCGCUCUUUCUAAUGGAGUGGAUCAUUUUUGGUAAAGGUGAAUUUGAAAUUUUAUUUUUUUUAUUUUAUUAAUGGAAGAUAUGGUACUUUUAUAUGAAGAAUAACAUCAAAAUUUAUUUUUACCGGAUAUAAAGAAAAUAUUUCAGUGGGGGUUCUCAUACAGUAUUGUUUGCAAUGUUCUCAUAUGUUUAUG